AAGAGACAAACUUUUGGAUAGUAUGUCAUCCAUUUUCCGUCAACUCCCUGUUUUCCGCCAUUCUUUUUGUGAGAAAUACCAAUCACUCCGCCAUUGAUUGGCCUAGCUUCGAAUAGGUCCGAUGGGAGCCACUACUUGGAUCGAUUGGGAGCUGGAGUCGUACCCGAAGCCCGAAGACUUGUUGGUCGUUCCCUUAUUUGCUCUCUUUUUCCCUUCCGUGCGGCUUUUUCUUGACAGAUGCGUCUUUGAGAAAUUAGCCAGGCGAUUGAUUUUUGGAAAGGGGCACAUCGCUUUGGACGUUGAGGCACAUGAUAAGAGGAAGAAACUCAAUAAAUUCAAAGAGUCUGCAUGGAAAUGUGUUUAUUUUUCCUCAGCAGAGCUUUUGGCUCUUUCUGUUACCUAUGAUGAGCUAUGGUUCACUAAUACCAAAUACUUUUGGGUAGGGCCUGGAGAUCAGGUUUGGCCAGACCAGAAAAUGAAGUUAAAAUUGAAGGCAUUCUACAUGUAUGCUGCCGGGUUCUAUACUUACUCCAUCAUUGCUCUGAUCUUUUGGGAAACGAGACGUUCCGACUUUUUGGUAUCAAUGUUUCAUCAUAUAGCAAGUGUUAUAUUAAUCACGCUGUCUUAUAUUUUCAGGUUUGCCCGUGUUGGUUCGAUCAUUUUAGCUAUCCAUGAUGGAAGUGAUGUAUUUAUAGAAGUUGGAAAGAUGUCCAAAUAUAGUGGCUUUGAAAAGAUAGCAAGCGUUUCUUUUGGUCUUUUUGUUCUCUCUUGGACUGUGCUUCGCAUUAUCUACUAUCCCUUCUGGAUACUUUGGAGCACUAGCUAUGAAGUUCUUUUGACCUUGGACAUGGAGAAGCACAUGGUGAAUGGAUCCAUUUAUUAUUACUUGUUUAAUACUCUUCUUUUCUGCUUGCUCGUUAUAAAUAUCUAUUGGUGGAAGUUGAUGGUUGUAAUGCUCUUGGAACAAAUUCAUGCAAGAGGCCAGAUUGGUGAUGAUCCUAGAUCUGAUUCUGAAAGUGAGGCGGAACACGAUGACUGACCAUGAUAUCGAAGUACACCAAGAAGGUCUAGUAUUCUCACUUUCACCAUCCUGGUAGAAUACUCUGCUGUUAGUUCAUCAUUCUGAUGGUUGUGAAACAGGCAUGCCAAACUUGAUGUCCACAUUCUCGUAUUUGAUCUGAAUGUAAGUUUGGAUUUUUAAAGUUUUUUGCACUUGAUAAGGAAUCAUUGUAGUUGAGGAACUUUAUAUAUUAUAUGAUGAAACAGAAAAUGUGAAUGACUGAAAGGUGGUAAGUUGUUAAUGGCUUGAUUCGUGCCCAA